CGGAGAGCACAGGUGCAGCAGGUGGCUACCCGAACCCAGCCCCAGCAUGAGUUCCUUCGACCUCCCGGCACCCUCGCCACCGCGAUGCAGCCCCCAGUUCCCCAGCAUCGGCCAGGAGCCCCCCGAGAUGAAUCUUUACUAUGAGAACUUCUUCCACACUCAGGGCAUGCCCAGCCCUCAGCGCCCCCCCUCCUUCGAGGGUAGUGGAGAGUACGGGGCCACCCCUAAUCCCUACCUCUGGCUCAAUGGGCCAGCCAUGACCCCACCACCCUACUUGCCUGGCACCAACGCCAGCCCCUUCCUGCCCCAGGCCUAUGGCAUGCAAAGGCAGCUCCUGCCCAGCGACCUGGGCUGGCUGCCUAUCCCCUCUCAGGAGGAGCUCAUGAAGCUGGUGCGCCCACCAUAUUCCUACUCAGCCCUCAUUGCCAUGGCCAUCCACGGUGCGCCUGACCAGCGUCUCACGCUGAGCCAGAUCUACCAAUAUGUGGCCGACAACUUCCCCUUUUAUAACAAGAGCAAGGCUGGCUGGCAGAACUCCAUCCGUCACAACCUGUCUCUCAACGACUGCUUCAAGAAGGUGCCCCGCGACGAGGAUGACCCAGGCAAAGGGAAUUACUGGACUCUGGACCCCAACUGUGAGAAGAUGUUCGACAACGGAAACUUCCGCAGGAAGAGGAAGAGAAAAUCGGAUGCUUCCUCUAGCGCCGGCUCCUUGGUUUCAGAGAAAACAGAGAGCAGCCUCCUGGCAGGCAGUCCCAAGUCCGCAGAGCCUCAGGACGUCUUAGACACUGCCUCGCCAGACACCACCAGCUCCCCAGAGAAGCGGUCCUCCCCUGCCCCCUCAGGCACCCCAUGUCUCAACAACUUCCUCUCCACCAUGACAGCGUAUGUGAGUGGGACGAACCCCAUGGGCCGCUCUGUGGCCACACCAGGACUGAGCCCGGAGCCUGCUGACAAAAUGGGGCAGAACUCACUGGGUUUCAACUCAUACACCCCACUCACCAACCUCAGUAGCCAUGGGAGUGGGGGUGAAUGGGCCAACCCGGUACCCACCAAUGCUCUAGGCUACGGAGGCUCUGUCCUCAACCAGUUCAGCCCACAUUUCUACAAUAGCAUUAACACCAACAGUGUGCUCUUCCCCAGGGAAGGCACUGAAGUCUAGGGACAGAACAGCUUCUGGCCCACAGAGCUGUCAAGGGGACAGUAAUGGAGGUCCUCCAGACCAGACCCUCCACUAACCCCGAGAUCUGAGACACCUGAACCCCGCAGACAGCACAGGAAGCUAGAAAGAGUCUGUAUUCUUUCUAGAACACAGUUCAGUGCUUCUGAUCAUCACAUCUGAAUCCACACAGAUUUGAUAACUACAGUGGGUAUACCAGUGUCAGCUCUCCACAGUGAAGUGGCCAUUUGUUGAGCCCUUAUUACGUGCUGGGCCCUGCCAUGGGCUUUUAAAUGAUAUGGUCCCGCUACGUACAGUCAUGUUUUGAAGUUCACAUGACCCUCUCCACUUGGCAGAUCUUGAAAGUAAGGCUUGAGAAUGUUGUCAGCCUUUCCAGAGUCAUGAAAAUGAGAGAAAAAGAUGUCAAAGCAAGGUCUGGGUAACCUUCAAAGACUGGACCAGAGGAGGCAGUGAUGGAGGAACUGGUUCAGAGGAUCUGAAUAAGCUGAUUAUGGCUAGGUAUAUGGUUAUACCUCCCCAGUGCCUUCUGGUUACCCAUCAGAAUUCAAUGCCAACUUGGGCAUGACUCUUCCCCACCUGUUCCUCUUCUUGCCCCAGCUUAAGCAGGCACUCCUUUAGCUACCACUCGAGAGGGCAAGGCAACAGCAGGAUGCCCAGUGAAAUGUCCCCCUAGGACAGUACCUCUAGUAGAUACAAUAUGGGGGGUCUCCAUUUUCUGGCCCCUCUCAGAACUUGAGCAGAGUCAGAGGUCAGUGCAAAGAGUGGUAUGUACCCCUAAGUCCCCAGCCCAGCACCUCCCACUCACAAAAUCUUGUAAAACCCUGCUUCCUGUGUGUGUAUGUCAUGGACCAGUGAGCAAGAUAUGGCUCGGACUUCCAAGAGAAACACGGCCAAAUCAGCAGAAUAAGCAUGUCCCUUUUAUAGCCGUGGAGAGGUGGACACUUGUCUGAGAAAACAAUAGCCUUGAGGGAGGGGCCCUCUGCCCUCGGAGGGCAGGGAGCCUGUGGACACAGCCUCUGGAACUGUUCUCUCUUGGUUUUGUAAGUUACUUUAUGUAACUGUGGCGUCCUAUCACAGUACAGCCUGAGAAGUGUUGUUUGCUUUUCUUAUUUCUCUUGAAUUAAAAAGAAGAAAGAAAGAAA